AUGAGCAAGGCGCCGCUAUUGUCACAACCACUUCCUGGAGAAGUUCUCUUUCUCUACCUCUCGGUAUCCAUCAUUGCCGUCAGCUCUGUGUUGAUAUGGAAGCCAGAGAAGGCCAAACUACCAAUUUUCUAUGUCAGCAAUGUGCUGCAGAGCGCAAAACUUUGGUAUCCCCCCUUGGAACAGCUAGCACUAGCCUUUGUUGUCUCAGCUCGAAGGCUCCGUCCAUACUUCCAAGCGCACGAGAUCGCGGUCCUAACCAAUCAAUUCAUUCGGCAAGUACUCCAAAAGCCAGAAACGUUCGGCCGAUUGCUAAGACCUGCGGAGAAAGGACAGGCCAUCGCUGACUUUAUUUUCGAGCUCACACCUUCGGUUGCAUCAGAGCUAGCCAAUCCAGAUGCUGGGGAACCAGGAGAGCAGGAUGCUGAACGCUUCGAUCCUUCUGUUCCUCUAUGGAUUUUGCAUGUCGAUGGCUCGGCAAAUCAACAAGGUUGUGGAGCUGAUCUGGUGUUGACUACUCUAGACGGAGCCAAGGUCGAAUAUGCCUUCCGAUUCAACUUCAGAACCUCUAACAACGAGGCAGAGUAUGAAGCUCUCUUGGCCGGCCUUCGGCUAGCCAAGAGCAUGAGCGCAGAACAUAUCAGCAUUUACAGUGACUCUCAGCCAACGGCAGACUUCGCAGCCAAGGAUGCCUCCAUGUCGGCCUACCUAUCGACAACCCACCAACUACUUCAAAAAUUCCAAGCCUACGAGAUUUGA